AUGGUGCCAAGAGAAGAAAAAGCAAAACGCAGUUUUGGCGGUGAUUUUGAUUCUCCUACAGCUCAAAUAGUUUCUGAUUAUCCAUCUGCUGCUAAUGAUUGUACAGUACAACCAUCACUGCACACUCACCACAAGAAAUUGAGGGAUGCAGAAAGUAGUACUCCGGCGGCAGAAAGCGGCGGCGGCGGCGGCGCUAAUUCUACCUGGAGCAACGAAACCCCUUCUCCCAGAGCCGGCGGCAGUCGGAAAAUCUCGAUUAUACCCCUAAUCUUCAUCAUAUUUUACGAGGUGUCAGGCGGACCCUUUGGCGUCGAAGACUCCGUGAAAGCCGCCGGACCACUCCUCGCACUUUUAGGGUUUCUGAUAUUCCCAUUGUUCUGGAGUGUUCCAGAAGCCCUAGUAACAGCAGAGAUGGUCACAAUGUUUCCUGAAAACAGCGGCUACGUUGUUUGGGUCUCCUCUGCUUUAGGACCAUUUUGGGGUUUUCAGCUAGGGUUUAUGAAGUGGAUCAGUGGAGUUGUCGAUAAUGCGCUUUACCCUGUUCUGUUUCUUGAUUAUCUCAAAUCAGGGAUCCCUGCAUUGGGGGGCGGUCUUCCUCGGGUAGCGGCGGUUCUUGCACUGACGAUUGUCUUAACGUACUUGAACUACAGAGGUCUGUCGAUUGUUGGGUGGGCGGCUGUAGUGAUCGGGAUAUUCUCGAUUCUCCCUUUUGCUGUAAUGGGCUUCGUUUCGAUCCCUAAGAUGAAGCCUCAGAGAUGGUUAGCUGGUGAUAUACACGCUGUGGACUGGAGUUUGUAUCUAAACACUCUUUUUUGGAAUCUCAACUAUUGGGACUCGAUAAGUACACUUGCAGGAGAAGUAGAGAAUCCGAAGAAAAACUUGCCGAAAGCUCUGCUUUACGCGAUGAUUCUUGUUGUUCUCGCGUAUUUCCUCCCUCUAUUAACCGGAACAGGUGCUAUUCCCCUGAAUCGAGAGCUAUGGACCGACGGUUACUUCUCGGAGGUGGCUAAACUGAUCGGAGGAGCGUGGCUGAGCUGGUGGAUUCAGGCGGCGGCAGCAAUGGCCAACAUGGGCAUGUUUGUGGCGGAGAUGAGCGCCGACUCUUUCCAGCUACUCGGCAUGGCCGAACGAGGGAUGCUUCCGGAAGUUUUCGCCAGGCGGUCACGCUACGGUACACCUCUAGUCGGAAUUCUCUUUUCUGCCUCUGGUGUGCUUAUGCUUUCUUGGAUGAGCUUUCAAGAAAUUGUAGCGGCGGAGAAUUUUUUGUACUGCUUUGGAAUGGGGUUGGAGUUUACGGCGUUUGUGUGGUUGAGGAUUAAAGCUCCGUUUGCACCGAGGCCUUAUAAGGUGCCCGUGGGGAAGGUGGGGGCUGUUUUGAUUUGUGUGCCUCCGAUGGUUUUGAUGUGCAUUGUGUUGGCUUUUUCGACGCUAAAGGUUUUUGUCGUGAGUGUUGGUUGUGUUGGAAUUGGGUUGGUUUUUCAACCGUUGAUGAAGUACAUCGAGAAGAAGGGUUUGCUAAGGUUUUCGGUGAGUUCGGAUUUGCCGGAUAUUCAUGGUGCUGCUCCGGAAAGUGAAAUGUUGAUCGGCUCGUUUAUCGGUCCAAGAGCGAAUCGAUGAGUAAUAUUAGACGAUCAACUGAAUUUGAAAAGGCAGGCUAUAUUGUCUCUAAAUUGUCCCAAUUCAUACGUAAUUCUGGUUCUACAA